UUGCUGGGGAAUCACCUUGAUUCAGCCAGCCCAGUUCAUUCUGGGGAUUUAGGGAGAUACAGAACUGCAUACUUGGAAGCUGGUUUCCUUGAGAGAAUAAUGGGGUUAACGUGGCAGCUGUUCCUUAAAGGCCUUCGGGGCGAGACUACAGUCAUAAAUAUAAGCGCGACUGCUACAGUCGAUGAAUUGUUAGAGAUGAUCAGUAAAAAGAAUGGAAUACCCGUUGAAACACAGAGAGUUCUAUAUACAACUAAACAGUUGGAGUAUGGUCAAAAUAAAACUCUGGCAGACUACAACAUCCACAAUGAGAGCAACUUGUUUGUUGUUUUACGCCUUCAUGGAGGAUCGGACGAAGAUCCCCCUCCAAAGCAACUCCCUGAUGACGUAGAGCUAACCGAUGCACCUGAUAUGAUCACGUGGGAUGAUGACCCGGAUGGGAGUAGAGCAAAAAUGCCGUGUGGACAUGCAAUAGGACCUGAAUCUCUAACGGCCUAUUGUGAAAGUUUGCUAACGAGUGGUAAAUUCCGUUUUCUGUGUCCAUAUAUCGGACCAGAGAACGGUGUAUAUUGUGGAAAGGAAUGGGAUUUCUCGACCGUUCGUAAACUCGCCGUAUUGACCAGGGAAGAAAAGGAGAAAUUCGAGAAAAGAAUCACCGAAAACUAUCUCCGAAAGGCGUGUGGUAUUCAAGAAUGUCCUGGCUGUAUGUCACUCUGCGAGAGAAACGACAAGAAAGACCGGAGGGUAGUUUGUCCAUUGUGUAGCAAGAAGAAGGAGAAGUUAUACGAAUUCUGCUGGUAUUGUCUACACGAUUGGUUGAAUUCAAGCAGCACCACCAAAUGCGGAAACUCUUCUUGUAGCAAUGAAGACCCUCGCUUAAAGAUCCUUCGUGAUUCGCCAAAGAAAGCAGUUGUCGGUGUGAAGGACUGCCCGUCCAGACGUGCAUGUCCUCAAUGCGGUAUGUUGAUCGAGCACGAGCGUGAUUGCAAGCAUAUGGUCUGCCCAUGUGGGGAGAAAUUCUGCUUUAUAUGUCUUAAAUCAGCUGCACGUGGGACAUAUGUUUGUGGAUCGUACAAUGCCCCUUGCACCGUCGCCGCCAUACAGACAACCAUCCCAGGUGCAUAAACAUAGGAUGAGUUUUUUCAUCCUAGCAAAGUCUAACAAAAUAGUCAACAUAGCGAUGGAAUUGACUUGAAACUUGGACGAUUUGAAGUAGUUUUAGGGUUUUCAUAUAACUGGUGUCGGGUAUUGAAGAAUUGGCAGUUUAUAUAAUCAUUCUAUAAUAUUAUUGAUACUCCUCAAAUAAAAUAGC